AUGGGAGGUAGCAAUAGUACUCCAAAAUCCGAUUCAUUAAUGGAUCAUCAACCAUAUCCGGAUAUGAAUGUCAUAUUUAAAAGCAUUCCAAAAAUGGUGCAGGUUGCCGAUGAUAUGCAUCGAAUGACAAAUUACAUUAUGGAUUUGCGUAAUAUGACCAUUGGUUUGGUUUGCUUAUCAGUUGUUGGCGUAUUUUUAUUUCUAAUUAUGAAACUCAGUCAGGGUCGAAGUGGUGCUGCACGUCGAAAACGUGAUUUAGGACAUCGAAUUGAGGCAUUAGAGGAUCGAUCAUUACCACGACAUACCCAUUAUGGUGCCUAUCAUGGUUACCUGGAUUCAUGGCACGAUUCGAGAAGUCAUAAAGUUGGUAAUGUUGGUGCUACGGUUAUAGACAUCGAAAAAAUUCCGAUGAAUCAGUCGCAGGACAUUUCGAGUCACAACGAAACCACUGCAAUACCACUCGAAACACCAAAUUUGCUCAAUGGCCAUGCGCAUAAAGUUUGA